GGGAAUCCUCCUCCGACGUGACGCCGUGACGUCACCAACGGUCGUAAUGGGGCGGGGCUCGUCAAUAGAAAUCUAAAUAAAGGAUCGUGCAGAAACUGACUCUGAAGUCUCACUUUGCUCCACAAGUCAGAGCAGAACGGGCCUCGAACCAGACGCGGAUCCCGCUGCUGCUCAGAUCCAUCUCGUUCUCUCCGGCAGAUUCACCUCGUGAUGCCGAUCCGCCGAGCAGCUGCGACCCCCACCCCGGAGAAGGGCCCCUCUGCCGCCGCAGAGAAAGAGCCUGAAGCCUCCUCCGAGGAGUCGCCCUCUGCUGACGAGGCGCAGGCGGCAUCUUCUGCUGCGGCUGCCGAGGUGGAGGAGGGCGAGGGCGAGACGCCGGGCGAGACGGAGCCCACGGAGAACGGAGAGAAGACCGACGGAGGAGCCGAGGAGGAGAGAGGAGGCGAGGGGGCGGAGAAGAAAGAUGACAAAUGCAAGGACUGCGCGGCUGGACAGUGCGCGACACACUGCUAUGUUCUCCUACUAAGGUUAAAGGACGGCUACAAGUACGAGAAGGCCAAAGUGAAGAAGGUGAAGAGGACGAUUCCUGCGUGGGCGAGCGUCGCUGCCAACAAGAAGCUUCCUGUCUCCAACUUCGCGGGGACUCAGAACAAAGUGGACAACAUCCUGAUUGAAGCGAUCACAUCGUGUAACGACAAAUCUGGCGUCUCGUACCAGUCUGUCAUGAAAUAUAUUGUGAAAAAAUACCCGGACAUGGAUCUGGACAAGAAGAAGUUCCUGAUCAAGAAAGCGAUGAAGAAACACCUGGAGAGAGGAACCAUCAAACAGCUGAAGGGAAAAGGCCUUUCGGGAACCUUCGCCAUGGGGAAGCCAUCGGCCUCGUCCAAGAAAUCUGCUCAGAAGCUGGAGCCUCUGGGCGACGCUCUUCCUCUGAUCAUCACUCGGCUCUGUGAGCCCAAAGAGGCUUCGUACAACCUGAUCAAGAAAUACCUGGAGCAGCACUUCCCCGGCCUCAACAUCGAGAACAGGCCAGACGUCCUGAAGGCAGCGUUAGUGAGGGCGGUGGAGAAAGGACAACUGGAGCAGAUCACUGGAAAAGGAGCCAGAGGAACUUUCCAGUUGAAGCGCACUGGUAACCAGGUGCUGCUGAAGGGCGGCACCUUGGAGGACGCCAUCACCGCCGCCAUCACAGCCAUGAACGAACCCAAAACCUGCAGCACCACCACUCUACGCAAAUACUUCCUGGAUGCUAACAAGGACCGGAAAGAGCAUCAGUUAGUGGCUCACCUGAGGCGAACCCUGACAAAGUGUAAAGUUCUGGGCUGGAUGGAGCAGAUCACUGGUCACGGCUUCACAGGGACGUACCAGCUCUCCUUCCCCUUCUACCCGAGUCCCACCAUCUUGUACCCAGACAAGUUCAAAGAGGCUAACCCUGAAAAGAAAAACGUCGCCCCUCCACCAAAGAGGAGGCGGAAGGUUGAAUCUUCUGACGAGCACCAAGAGGAGGAGGAGGAGGAGGAGGAGGAAGAGGAGGAGGAGGAUGAAGCUCCGUCCCGAAAGAGGAAAUCUCAGAAGAGGCCUCCGCCCAAGGCUCGCCGUCUUCCACCAGCCAAAACAUCUCGAAGCUCCAGUCAGUCGAAAGCUAAAGGCAGAGGUCGUCCCAUCGCCAGGAAGUCUCCGGCCAAGAAAGCCGUGUCUUCAGCAGCCAAGAAGUUUGGAAAGAAACGGUCAACCACAAAGAAGGAAUCCACACCGCCACCUAAAGCUACACCUGUCAAGAGAGGAGCUCCUGCAAGGAAGCCCAAAACACCAGCCGUUAAAAAGUUGAACAAAAGGGCGUCGCAGCGACCUGCGUCUAGAGAGUCCUCGCCCGACGAGGCCGCGGUCUCCAAGGAGACAGCACGGAGCGGGUCCAAGCGCUCGAAACCUGAAGAGUCGACCCCCGAGGAGCCUGCUGUGAAAAAGGUGGCGACUAAAAGUGGCUCUAGGAAGCCGGAGCCCGAUGAGUCGUCUCCAGAGGAGCCGGUUGUAAAACGAGGGGCGAAGUGCAGCAAGCAGUCGACUCGUAAGUCGAAGAGAGCGAAGAACUGAGCUGCUCUCGAGUCGCAGCUCCGCUUCAGCACUCGCUCUUUUUAUUCUCGUUUUCUCCUUUUAACGGAGCAGUAGUUUGUUUUUUUUAAAAUUUCUAUUGUAGAAUAAGAACGUUACGUUAUCCUAACAUGAAGUUAACUGUACGUCAAGGGUUUCUGAAUUUUCCUCUAAUCACCAUGAGUUGAAGCGAUAGUGUAACCGGCUGCGUCAGGGAGGAUCCGACGUCUCUGUAACUAGAACCUGUAGUCACUUGAGUUUUCUAUCUCCUCCCUCUGUGUCCGGGGGCGUUGAGAAGAAUGUUCCUUUUAAAUAAACCAUGUGGGUACAAGA